AGUUGAACAGCGUCAUCACUAAGCAGUCCAAAACAUGAUAAUGAAAUAGCUAAUGAAUCCGUUGUCUGAAAAACAAACGAUACAAAUAAAUAAAAAUCAGCACUGAACUGUACACUAUACAUUCUGUGUUCUUUGCCAACUUCGUAACACAGUAAUUCAAUUUUUUCGUCCAUUCCAAAGCCAAUUUUCUCACAAACCCCAUCAAUUAUCACGCCCCCAUACCUCGCAGAGAGAAAAUUGAAGAGCUAAGGCUGUGAGAAGUGUUGAGUAUUGAUUUCCUUGUUCGAUGGCUCUUCACAGUGGUGCUUUCUGCUUCACCAGUGUGGCUAGUUCUGUCAAGUUGAGUCACCCCACUGUCAAAGCUUCGGCCUUUUCUGCUCCUCUUUCUCCCCCACUUGUCAAAUUCAAUAUCAGAGGAAAGGCGUUUUCUGGUGAUGGGACACCUGAAGCAAAGGAACCACCUCUUGUGGUUUGUUUUGGGGAAAUGCUUAUUGAUUUUGUCCCAACUAUCAAUGGCCUUUCUUUGGCUGAAGCACCUGCGUUUAAGAAGGCUCCAGGAGGUGCCCCUGCUAAUGUUGCAGUAGGCAUAUCCCGAUUAGGAGGUUCAUCAGCUUUUAUUGGAAAGGUUGGUGAGGAUGAAUUUGGAUAUAUGCUUGCUGAUAUACUCAAGGAAAAUAAUGUGAACAAUGAAGGGAUGCGUUUUGACCCUGGUGCACGCACUGCUUUAGCAUUUGUUACAUUGAGGAAUGAUGGAGAGCGAGAGUUCAUGUUUUAUCGCAAUCCCAGUGCUGAUAUGCUGCUCCAAGAAGAUGAACUUGAUUUGGACCUGAUAAGAAAGGCCAAGGUCUUCCAUUAUGGUUCUAUAAGUCUUAUAACAGAACCAUGCAAAUCAGCACACAUUGCUGCAGCAAAAGCUGCAAAAGAAGCUGGUGUGGUUCUGUCUUAUGACCCUAACCUGAGGCUUCCUUUAUGGCCUUCUGCAGAUAGUGCAAGAGAAGGAAUCCUGAGUAUAUGGGAGACUGCAGAUAUCAUUAAGGUAAGCGAAGAAGAGAUUUCCUUUCUUACGAAAGGUGAGGACCCAUAUGACGAUGCCGUUGUUCGUAAACUAUUCCAUCGAAACCUCAAGCUACUCCUUGUGACUGAAGGUGCAGAAGGAUGCAGAUACUACACCAAGGAGUUCAGUGGUAGGGUGGAGGGAUUGAAGGUGGAUGCUGUUGAUACCACUGGUGCUGGCGAUGCUUUUGUGGCUGGUAUAUUAUCACAAUUAGCUGUGGAUCUUUCAUUACUUCAGAAAGAAGAAGCAUUGAGAGAUUCUCUCAAGUUUGCUAAUGUAUGUGGAGCAUUGACUGUGACCGAGAGAGGUGCAAUACCAGCUUUGCCCACCAAGGAAGCUGUUCUGAAUGCCAUGCUUAAGCCUGUAUCCUAACUUUACAGCUACUAUGUAAUUAUGUGACUCAAUGAGGAUCACUUUUUUUUUUUUGGAGGGGGUAUUUAUAUUCUUGAGAACUUGAAUUAGUGGGAUACAUAAGAAUUGGUCGUAUGAAUAAUUUUGCAAAUGAUCAGUUCAGGCAAAAUUAUACUAAAUUACUAAUCAAGUUCAUGAUUUGGUAAUGGGAAAUCGUUCUCUACGCUUCAAUUUAUA